AUGUCUGUCAAGGUUUACAUUUUUAUCAUGGCAAAGUUCACGGACGAGCAACGUUUGGAAAUCAUUAAAACUUACUACCGAAAUUCUGAGUCGGUAGUCGCAACUUUAAGAGCACUUACUCCAAUUUUUGGUCGCAAUAAUCGUCCCACCAGACAAGCUGUGCGUGCGAUGGUGAAUAAAUUUGAAUCAACAUAUUCACUUUUGAAUAUUCCUGUGCCAGUGAGACAACGUACCGGUCGAUCUAUUGAAAACAUUGCAGCCGUAAGAGCUUCAGUUCAAAAUGAACCAAACCAGUCCAUUCCACGCCGUUCACAAGAAUUGGGAAUUUGUCAGACCACAUUAUGGCGAAUUUUACUUAAAGAUCUCCAUCUACACCCUUACAAGAUAAAAUUAACCCAAGAAUUGAAACCUCUGGAUCAUUUAAGGCGCCGAAACUUUUCCGAUUUUGUUUUGCAAAAGUUUGAAGAAAAUCCUGAAUUUCAUCAAAAACUUAUCUUUAGCGAUGAAGCUCAUUUUUGGCUGAAUGGCUUUGUCAAUAAGCAGAAUAUGCGUUAUUGGACAGCAACAAACCCACAUGUGCUUCAUGAGACUCCAUUGCAUCCACAAAAAGUUAGCGUAUGGUGUGGAUUUUAUGCUGGAGAUGUGAUAGGGCCGUAUUUUUUCGUCGAUGAAAAUAAUCGCCAUGUUACGGUCAAUGGAGUUCGCUAUCGUGCCAUGUUGGAAGAGUAUUUUUGGCCAGAAUUGGAUGGAUUUGACAUCAGCGAUAUGUAG